AUGUUCGGAUACCAACCUGAACCAGAAGAACUUCCAAUGAGGUUGCAAGAACUUCAAGAUGCUAUAAACAAACUUCCAUUGAGACAUCCAAUUGACGUCAAAUUGUAUUGGAGAGCAUCUGAGUUAGGUCAGAAGGUUUUAUAUGAAACAGGUUGCUUCGACGAUGUUUAUGAGAUAACAGGAGAAGUUUCUCAGAAGAUAAGAGACUCACUUGAAUUUCCACAAACUGGACCAAUUGGUUGCGACAAGUUCGACUCAGAUGAAAAGAUAUACUAUGUCGACCUUAACGCUGCAUACAUGAGGUUUGUCCAAUAUAUUCCGACUGGAAUUCCAAACGAAGAUGGUGAGUUCCCGGGAAGGAACUAUACAGUUGGAAAAGUCAUACAACAACUGUAUGAUAUUAGGAAAGCUUCAAACCCCAAACUUGCAAUGACACUCAAAUUGCUUAUGAAUUCGACAUGGGGAUAUUCCAUUAAGAAACCUCAAGAGAUGAAGA